GGAAGCGCAACUCUUUUCACCCGGGCUGAAAAACUCUGUUUAUAUUUUCUGUGGAACAUCUGAUUUUAGCUUCUAAAAUUGUUCCAGUAACAUUCAAACUGCCUCAGUAUAAAACCGCGUGACGGUUAGGUUCUUUUUAAACGCCACACAAAGCAACAAAACUGGCCCCUCCACUGCCUGUCACCAUGCCCGCUCUGUUGGAGAGACCCAAGCUGUCCAACGCGAUGGCCAGAGCCCUCCACAAACACAUCAUGAGGGAGAGAGAGCGCAAGAGACAAGAGGAGGAAGAGGUGGACAAAAUGAUGGAGCAGAAGAUGAAGGAGGAAGAAGAGAGAAAGAGGACAAAAGAAAUAGAGGAGAGAAUGUCUUUGGAGGAGACCAAAGAACAGGUAAUGAAGAUGGGAGAGAAACUUCAGGGACUCCAAGAAGAGAAGCACCAGCUCUUCUUACAGCUCAAGAAAGUCCUUCAUGAGGAGGAGAAGAGGCGCAGAAAGGAGCAGAGCGAUAUCACAACAUUGACCUCAGCAAGCUACCAAUCCAGCCUGCCAAUGCACGCAGGGCAGCACCUCCUCAGCAUUCAAGGCAGUCCAGUCAGCCACAGUCGACCUGGCGCUCUGCUUGGAGAGCGUAGCAAACAGUUGUUUCCUGCGGCUGUGAUCCCUACUCGUCACUAUCAGACGCCAGGCUUUAGUUCAGGCUCAGCAGAACAUGGACAGUUCAGCGGGGGUCAAGGUGUCCAUGAACCCUAUGGUGUGGCUCAGGCCCAGCACCCCUCUACGUAUGCCCCAGGACCUUCUGUACCGGUCAGCUUUGCCAGCAGCUCUCAGAUCAGAGGUGCCUCUGCAUUUCAGGCAAUGCAGUACCUCCCCCACCAGCAGCCUGGAUACCCGGUCCACAGUCACUUCACCUCCCAGCCUGGAUACAUCCCAGGAGCAGGAAUCCCUCUGCAGAAGCAACUGGAGCAUGCCAACCAACAGUCAGGCUUUACUGAUGCGGGGGCUUUAAGGCCGAUGCAUCCACCAGCCAUGCAUCCUUCUGCUCCAGGAUUGCUGCCCACGCCAUCAAUGGCAGUCCAGAUUCCCACUGCAAAGUCCCCUUUCCAGAGCUCUCCUCAGGGUGCUCCCCGUCAUGGCUUCCUCUCUCACAGCCAGAGUGGGCAGAGGUUCUAUCAUCAUGGCAAGUAACUUACAACCACCUUCACCUUCAUCAUCGCCAAAAUGUCACGGCUUCACUCAAGAACCUGAAGAACUUUUGAGCGGACAAUGGAUUGAUUUCUUCAGAAAAACAUCACUAAGCUGGAUGAUUUUUUCCUCAUCUGUUAGACUUAAUUAUCAAGAGGUCUAUUGUCAUGUUUAUGGUUUUGAUUUUUAUCUGACUUAAAUGUUAAAUUGUAAGAUAGAUUAUUUUACCUACACUGUAAGCCGUUCUGGUGGUGCUUAUGUACACUAAAAUGUUAAUAUGUUGUAUAAAACAGGACCGCAUGAGCCAGAGCUUAUUCUUUGUACUCUAACAUUCAUUAUAGAGACAUCAGUGGAGUUUAUCAUCUCUGCAGUGACGUACCUUGCUUAAAAGAAGCAGAAACCAGAGUAAAUGCACGUUUUUAGCAGCACUGUUGGUUUCAUUUUGAAUCACAUGGGUUAAAUUGACAUCACAGACUGAUUCAUCGUGUGGCAGAGUUCUGCUUGAUCACAAUAGACCCAUUAUGCUUGGUUACCACAAAUUAUGGAGGAAUCUUGUUUUUUGUGUUCUCUUAUAAAACAAAUUGAGUCACUGCUGUUUAAAGCUUUUAUGUUGCUAAAUAAACAAAAAGGAUAAUGCCAAGUCAAA